GCUUCACUUGUUAGUUUCCACUGGGGUCUGACUCUGGAAAUAUCUGCUGAAUCAGUAGCUCUGAGUUGAACCAGGAAAUUCACCCAAAUGAGGAGCGUCACAGUAUUAAUUAGGGUCACUCUGGGGAAAAAAAAAAAAUCUGUAGCUGAGAGAAAGAAUCCUCUGAUGUGCAUGUUUCUCUUUUAUGAAAUUGCCUGCUUCACCAAAGCCAAGAACUCACUGAAGGGCGCUGUUUGUCCAUCAAGGGCUGUACAGUUGGCUUCCUCUGGAAAAAAAGGAAUCUACGUCACUUCUAGGCUAGAUUUCAUUCUUCUGCCGUUUGAGAGCGUUAGCCCAGAAAGGGGCCAGCUUCCGUGAGCAGAGCUGCAGAAGCAGGUGCAUUUAUGACCCACAGAUACUAACUCCGAUAAGCAUUUAAUGAAUGUCUACGCUGUGCAAGAAUGGAGAGAAACAAAGCACAGCUCCUACCCUCCUGGGGCUUUUAUCGUAAUUUCAUCAGGAGAAUUUUCUUCUGUGUGGCAUCUUCCCUCAAAGGACAAAGAAGUCUUGUCCGAGGCUGCUUCAGUGAAGUGUCUGGGAAGGAAGCUGAUACCCACUGAUGGACCCCAAGGAAUCGCUGACCCCCCCAGCAGAGAAGAAAUCCCCAGCAGCGUGCUUGGCCGGGAGAGAGCCCAUGUGAUGGACUUCUAUAAAAGCCUGAGGGGAGGAACUCCUGUGAAGGUUUCUGCAGCUUCACCCUCCCUGGCUGCUGUGUCUCAGCCAGACUCCAAGCAGCAGAGGCUUGCGGUGGACUUUCCAAAAGGCUCAGGAAGCAAUGCACAGCAGCCAGAUCUGUCCAAGGCAGUUUCACUCUCCAUGGGACUGUACAUGGGAGAGACCGAAACUAAAGUGAUGGGAAGUGACCUGGGAUUCCCACAGCAGGGCCAAAUCAGCCUUUCCUCUGGGGAGACAGACUUCCGGCUUCUGGAAGAAAGCAUCGCAAACCUCAGUAGGUCGACCAGUGUUCCAGAGAACCCCAAGAGUUCAGCCUCCGCUGCUGGUUCUGCUGCUCCGGCAGAGAAGGCGUUUCCAAAAACCCACUCUGAUGGGGCUCCAGAGCAGCCGAAUGUGAAGGGUCAGACUGGCACCAACGGGGGUAACGUGAAGUUGUUUACCACAGACCAAAGCACCUUUGACAUUUGGAGGAAGAAACUCCAGGAUUUGGAGCUUCCUUCUGGGUCUCCAGGUAAAGAGACAAGUGAGAGUCCCUGGAGCUCGGACCUCUUGAUCGAUGAAAACUGUUUGCUCUCCCCUUUGGCAGGAGAGGAGGAUCCCUUCCUCUUGGAAGGAAGCUCGACCGAGGACUGUAAGCCUCUUGUUUUGCCGGACACGAAACCUAAAGUGAAGGAUAACGGAGAGCUUAUCUUACCGAGCCCCAACAGUGUGCCACUGCCCCAAGUGAAAACAGAAAAAGAAGAUUUUAUCGAACUCUGCACCCCAGGGGUGAUUAAGCAGGAGAAACUGGGCCCAGCCUACUGUCAGGCGAGCUUUUCUGGGGCAAACAUAAUUGGUGGUAAAAUGUCUGCCAUUUCUGUUCACGGGGUGAGCACCUCGGGGGGACAGCUGUACCACUAUGACAUGAACACGGCAGCAUCCCUUUCCAAACAGCAGGAGCAGAAACCUCUUUUUAAUGUCAUUCCCCCGAUUCCUGUGGGUUCAGAAAAUUGGAAUAGAUGCCAAGGAUCUGGAGACGAUAACUUGACUUCCUUGGGGACUUUGAACUUCUCUGGCCGAUCAGUUUUUUCGAAUGGCUACUCAAGCCCUGGAAUGAGACCGGACGUAAGUUCUCCUCCAUCCAGCUCCUCAGCAGCAACGGGACCACCUCCCAAACUCUGCCUUGUGUGUUCUGAUGAAGCUUCGGGAUGUCAUUAUGGGGUCCUGACUUGUGGAAGCUGUAAAGUAUUCUUCAAAAGAGCAGUGGAAGGACAGCACAAUUAUCUUUGUGCUGGAAGAAAUGACUGUAUCAUUGAUAAAAUUCGAAGAAAAAACUGUCCAGCAUGCCGCUACAGAAAGUGUCUUCAAGCUGGAAUGAACCUGGAAGCUCGAAAAACAAAGAAAAAGAUAAAAGGAAUUCAGCAGGCCACUACAGGAGUCUCACAAGAAACUUCUGAAAAUUCUGCUAAUAAAACAAUAGUUCCUGCAACGCUACCACAGCUCACCCCCACCCUGGUGUCACUGCUGGAAGUCAUUGAACCCGAGGUGUUGUAUGCAGGAUAUGACAGCUCGAUUCCAGAUUCCACCUGGCGGAUCAUGACCGCACUCAACAUGUUAGGCGGGCGGCAGGUGAUUGCGGCAGUGAAAUGGGCAAAGGCAAUACCAGGAUUCAGGAACUUACACCUGGAUGACCAAAUGACCCUCCUGCAGUAUUCAUGGAUGUUUCUCAUGGCGUUCGCCCUGGGGUGGAGAUCAUACAGACAAUCAAGUGCCAGCUUGCUGUGUUUUGCUCCUGAUCUGGUUAUUAAUGAGCAGAGAAUGGCUUUACCCUGCAUGUAUGACCAAUGUAGACAUAUGCUGUAUGUUUCCUCUGAGUUACAGAGGCUUCAGGUGUCUUACGAAGAGUAUCUCUGUAUGAAAACCUUACUGCUUCUCUCUUCAGUUCCCAAGGACGGUUUGAAGAGUCAAGAGCUAUUUGAUGAAAUUAGAAUGACCUACAUCAAAGAGCUAGGAAAAGCCAUUGUCAAGAGGGAAGGAAACUCCAGUCAGAACUGGCAACGCUUUUAUCAACUGACAAAACUCUUGGACUCCAUGCAUGAUGUGGUUGAAAAUCUCCUUAACUAUUGCUUCCAGACAUUUUUGGAUAAGAACAUGAGUAUUGAAUUCCCAGAGAUGUUAGCUGAAAUCAUCACUAAUCAGUUACCAAAAUACUCAAGUGGAAAUAUCAAAAAACUUCUGUUUCAUCAAAAGUGACUGCCUUAAUAAGAAAGUUUGCCUUAAAGAAAGUUGAAUUUAUAGCUUUUAUUGUACAAGCUAUCAAUCUGUCCUGUAGCGGUUUUCUUAUUUUUUUUCCUUUUUGUUUUUGUCUGGUUUUUUGUUUUGAAUACGCACUACAUGUGGUUUAUAGAGGGCCAAGACUUGGCAACAGAACAGUUGAGCCAUCACUUUCCAGUGAUGGGAAAAGGAGAAAGUGAUAGGUGGUGAAUCCCAAAAAUGAGAAAUAAUAACUUGGGGGCAAGCUCCACUGUCAGAGAAGGAUGGCACCUAAACCACCAGUGCCCGAAGUUUGUGUGACAGACUUUCUGCUCAUACUUUUCACGGUUGGACAAAAUUUUCUAGACUUUCGUUGGUGUAUUUUCCCCCAUAUAGUUAGGACAGCAUUUUUUGAUUUAUGCAUGGAUACCUGAAAAACGUUUACAAGUGUAUAUCAGAAAAGGGAAGUUGUGCCUUUUAUAGCUAUUACUGUCUGGUUUUAACAGUUUCCUUUAUAUUUAGUGAACUACGCUUGCUCAUUUUUUCUUACAUAAUUUUUGUAUCCAAGUUAUUGUACAGCUGUUUAAGAUGGGCAGCUAGUUCAUAGCUUUCCUAAAUAAACUCUAAACAUUAAUCUUCUGUGUGAAAAUGGGUUGGUGCUUCUAACCUGAUGGCACUUAGCUGUCAGAAGACCACAAAAAUUGACUCAAAUCUCCAGUUUUCUUGUCAAAAAAGCUCAUAUUUUGUAUAUAUCUGCUUCAGUGGAGAAUUAUAUAGAUUGUGCAAAUAAACCGUCCUAACUGGUGUAGAGCACCUAGUCCAGUGACCUGCUGGGUAAACCGUGGAUGAUGAUUACAAAAGACUUAUUAAAAAAAAAAAAAACUACCAAGAGGCCCUGUUUGUACCUAAUGCCCUAUUUCUGCAGUGGUUAGAUGGCAAGAAUGUUGGUCAACUGUCUUUCAGGACCUUUUGUUGUAGUUUGUUAUCACUUCUUAAAAGUUAGGAUUCCAGGUAACCAGCUAAAACACAGCUGCGAGAUUUUAAUCAGUCCAAGUAAUUCCUCCCACUAAAUUUUACCCACCCACCCCCAAAAAUCUCUCAUAUGGCAAAAGUGGCUAGACACCCAUUUUCACAUUCCCAUUUGUCACAAUUGGUCUCUCUUUCCUGGGGGCACAGGAAAGCUCAGCUGCUGAUUCCUCUGAUUUAGAACUGUGUGCCAGACCCCACGUGCAUAGAACAUACAUCCCUCGCGUCCCUGCGUGUGCCAUAGCGUUUAACAAAAGUCAUGUGAAUUUCUCCUCCUCACUGUUGAGAAUUAUCAUUUUAAACAAGAUAGAAGCUGUGGUAGCCCUUUCUGUGUGCACCUCUGCCAACUUUCUGUAAACUGAAAACUCUUAAGUACUAAGCCACAAGAAAUCUGAUUUCUAUUCAAGGUGGCCAAAUUAUUUGUGUUAUAGAAAACUGAAAAUCUAAUAUUAAAAAUAUGAAACUUCUAAUAUAUUUUUAUAUUUAGUUCUAGUUUCAGAUAUAUAUCAUAUUGGUAUUCACUAAUCUGGGAAGGGAAGGGCUACUGCAGCUUUACAUGCAAUUUAUUAAAAUGACUGUAAAAUAGCUUGUAUAGUGUAAAAUAAGAAUGAUUUUUAGAUGAGAUUGUUUUAUCAUGACAUGUUAUAUAUUUUUUGUAGGGGUCAAAGAGACGUUGAUGGAUAUCCUAUAUGAUUUAUAGUGUGUGCGAGCAUUCAUACAGGCAGCAGUGGUCUCAGAAACCCAAUGGGUUUGCUCUAGAGGAAGAGGGAGAUGGAGACUGGCCCCGUGUGCAGUGAAGGCUGCUGAGGCUCCAUCCCAUUCCGAUCGAUCGCAGAGGAAUUAAUCCUCUGCCUCCCAGAAUGACCACCCUCCUCAUUCCAACAGUGAGUCUGUCCACGUGGGUUUAGUUUCCUAAACCUCCCCUCACGCUCAAGUCUGUGAACAAGGGACAGAAAGGUGGUGCUUGCACACUAACAGGCAUCACCACAUACAGCCUCUCCACAGUUUAAUAAAAAUAGAGGCUUUAGAAGUUGGGCAAUAAUAUGCAUAGAGGUACCAGCAAUAUGUAAAUAGUGCAGAAUCUCAUAGGUUGCCAAUAAUACACUAAUUCCUCUCUUUCCUCCAAGAGUCCAUUUCCAAUUAAAACAAGAACAUGUUUUUGUUUUCUUUGAAUGCUUUUUGAAUGUUGUUAUUUUUCAGUAUUUUGAGGAAAUUAUUUAAUAAAAAAAUGUAAUCAUUUGCUUUUUGAAUGCUCUCUAAAAGGGACUGUUCCUUUUGUAAGGGUUUAAAUUGAUCUCAAAGUAUUUUAAGAUAGUUUGUUACCCAGUUGGAUGUGAAAUUUUUGGUGCCUAAGAAAUACUGCUUGAAUAUUAUUUUCAAUGACAGUGUUAAGUUUCAAAAAAAAGCUUCUGAAAAGAUAAAUUACUAUUCAUUUAUAGAAUGUUAUAUGGUUAAAACCUGAAAGCACAUCACACAUUAAUUUUAGUCCCAACAACCUUGGCUCCCCAAAAAAUAGAGCUUAGUGAAUAAAAGGUAUGUGCACUUUGUUGUUAAAAGGAAAUGAACUGACAUUCAUAAAACUAGCAGAGGCUGCACAUUAAAUGAAAAAAAAAUGGGGAAAAAAAGCUGUGACCUUUUGGAAUAUGUGGGAAAGAGGUUAUCUUAGUUAUGUUUGAAUAUAAUCAUGGACUUAAGUGAUAAAGCUAUGGUGCUAUUUGAAAGCAGCUUCAUUUUCUAUGUAUGCGGUAUCUUGCCAUCCCAAACUAUUGAAGUCUGUUGUAAUUUCAGUGAGAGGUAACAUGCCUAGAUACUCACAACAAAUCCCAAAAAGUAUUUAUAACUAGUGGCGGAAAAAAGUGACUCUCUUGGUGUUCCUAGGCCUUACUAUGGGACAUACCCAACUGUCUAAAACUAUGGAGGGGAACUUCAAAAGAGCACCUGCUUUCUCCUGGAAAAACAAACAAAAAUGGUACCCCAGAAGAAAAACCAUCAUGAUUAGUGUCCAUAAAGAGCUUAAUAUUUUGUGUAGGAUGAGCUCUGGACAUACACAUAAAGGAAAGCCAGCCUCACUUCAGAACUGGGGGAUGGAAGAAUGGGCAAUUCCAAUUUUACUUAUCUAUCUAUACAUCCUAUUACCAUAAGUCUUAUCAUUUUAGUUCUUUGUUAAAUAUCCUAAAAUUACAUCACCAUGGAAUGAACAUUAUUAUUAUACUUUGAUCUGUCGAAAUUCAAGAACUGUGGCAGCCCCUAGUGAGAUUUUGAUCUCGGUGGGUCACCCAAAAGACUGUAGCUAUAGACGAAUGUGUUUUUCUGUGCCUGGUUUGAGAGGUGGAAGAGAAAAUAAGAGUGUAAGGAGGACACUUUAACCACUUGGUAAUGGAAGUUUCAAGAUUUCCCAGCCUGGAUCAGGUGUUGGGCAAAGGAUUAGUUAGCUUCUCUCUAGAAGAUGCCUGAAAGAAGGAUUUUAUUUUCUGAUGAAAGGCCGUAUGAAAAUACCCUCCUCAAAUAACUUGCUUAACUACAUAUAGAUUCAAGUGUGUCAAUAUUCUAUUUUGUAUAUUAAACAAAUGCUAUAUAAUGGGGACAAAUCUAUAUUAUACUGUGUAUGGCAUUAUUAAGAAGCUUUUUCAUUAUUUUUUAUCACAGUAAUUUUAAAAUGUGUAAAAAUUAAAACCAGUGACUCCUGUUUAAAAAUAAAAGUUGUAGUUUUUUAUUCAUGCUGAAUAAUAAUCUGUAGUAAAAAAAAAAAAAGGAAAAAGAAAAAAAAAAGAAAAACAAUGUCUUUUUACCUACACAGUGAAAUGUCAGAUUGUAAAAUCUUGUGUGGAAAUGUUUAACUUUUAUUUUUCAUUUAAAUUUGCUGUUCUGGUAUUACCAAACCACACAUUUGUACUGAGUUGGCAGUAAAUGUUAGUUAGCCAUUUACAGCAAUGCCAAAUAUGGAGAAACAUCAUAAUAAAAAAUCUGCUUUUUCA